AUGGAUAAACAAAUCAGUUACGAAACUUGCAGUACCCUGACAAUUGAUUCUUACAGCUCCUUUAACGAAAACAGCUACUUAAUUGAAAAAAUAAAAAAUGAUGACGAUGAUAAAGAAAACAAUUCUAUAUACAACAAAAUAUCCUCAAGUCUCAUAGCCAUGUUACAGGGCGUGGAAGUAUUGUGUAAUCUUUCCAUUUUAUACAUUUUCAAGGAUAAUUACAAGUUGCAUCCAGCAACACUUAGUGUAGUCCUGAGCCUGAUAAAACUCCCUUGGUCGAUCAAGCUCCUCUGGGCAAUCAUAUCUGACAGUUUUCCUGUAUGUGGAUUUCGAAGAAAAUAUUACUUACUGGUGGGUUCCUUGGUGUGCAUCCUGUCCUUGCUUAUGUUAGGAUGGAUUCAUCACAAAAACAUUACAGUAAGUGUUGGGUUGUUAAUGAUGUACUUUUUUGGCAGUUCUCUGUGUAAUGUCAUAGGAGAAGCACAAGUAGUAGAAUCUAGUAGAAGAGGUACAGUAAAAUGUUCAGCAAAAAAUGUUUCUAUUUUCUUUGCGUUCAGAAAAUUAAGUUUUGCAAUUAUGUCUUACUUAUCUGGGUAUUUAUUAUCAGUUAUGACCAAGCAGCAUAUAUUUCUAAUUGGAUCCAUGUUACCUACAAUAGUCUUCAUUUCUUCCUUUUUUACAACCGAGAAAAAAAGUUAUAGAAAAUGUUCCGUGAAAGAACAAGUUAGAUGUGUAUACAAAAUAGUAAAAAUGUCCCACGUCAAAAAUUUUAUUAUUUUUAUUUUUCUUUUAAUGUCUAUGCCAUCUUGUGGAAAUACAUUAUUUUUUUAUAUGACCAAUGAAUUAAAUUUUAGUCCAAAUUUAUUGGGGAAAAUGGCAAUGUUUCAAUCUUUGGCUAGCUUAAUAGCCAUUUUAUCUUAUAUGUUUCUAUUUAGCACAAUUGAUGUAACCAAAUUGAUACUGUACUCUACAAUUAUAAUAACUCCAUUCGGAUUACUUCCCUUGAUAGUUGUAAAAAAAAUAAAUCUUCUUCUCAAUUUACCUAGUAGCUUAUUCAUUAUCACAGAUACAAUUCUCGUGGAAUUUAUUGCAGAAUUUCAGACUAUGCCUAUAUUAGUACAAUGCUCACGUAUAAUACCGGAAGGAUUUGAAUCAACCAUUUAUUCACUCUUUCUAUCAGCUAAUAAUUUAGCUAUCAUCACAAGUUCCUUUCUUACCUCACUACUAACAUAUCAACUUCAAAUAACUUCAAAAAAUUUUAAUAAUCUCCCUCUCAUGAUAAUUAUCUGCUGCCUUACAAAUAUUAUACCCAUUACAUUUUUGUGCCUUUUCCCUGUCUUCAACAAUAAUAUCAAGAGUGUACAGAAUAUAGCAAAUUCCCCUCCUCCUCGUACCAUAUACGAAUCAACACAUUGUGCAUCAUCAGACAACUCAGAUGCUGACGAAGAGACACAUCUUUCUCGGGAACUUGAAGUAGAUGCACUUCCCAUGGCAUUGUAA